GUAGGGCUAUGACGUAGGCACAGUGUAAACUCAAAACGACAGUCUCGGUCGGGGCUGUUAUUGUUCGGUUUGAAGAGUUUGGGGGAGGUCGGUGCUUUGUUUUUAUUUUUUUGGGGGGGCUAUAAGCUACCACUAGCAGGCUAAUUCCACUCCAAAAGAAAAAAAAAAACACCUGCAUGCCACCAUUUUAACAACACAGCAUCAUAUUUAUCCAGGUGGUGGGAAGCUAACAAGUUAGGUCCCAAAGUAGCUGAUGGAUGCGCGGGUAUCGGAGUUAUUUUGCUCAGGAAAUGGACACGGUGCUGCUUCUCAAGGUGUUGCGUCCAACGGCAAACCGGGAAAUGGCUAUUCGGUAGCCCCCAAAAAAGCCUGUGUGAAGAACAACAAGAAAUCCAAGGGUCGAUACUCUCGCAACUUCAAACCAAGCAAUAACACCCCAUAUCUACCUCCAGAGGCUGAAGAGGGAAAUAUAGAGUACAAGUUGAAGUUGGUGAACCCCACACAAUACCGCUUCGAGCACCUGGCAACACAAAUGAAAUGGCGACUGCAGGAGGGUCGAGGGGAAGCUGUUUAUCAAAUAGGUGUUGAGGAUAAUGGCAUGCUGGUGGGACUAUCAGAGGAAGAUAUGAGGGCAUCACUAAAGACGCUUCAUAAGCUGGCAGAAAAAGUUGGAGCUGACAUCACUGUCCUCAGAGAGCGAGAGGUGGACUAUGAUUCUGAUGUGCCUCGUAAGAUUUCUGAGGUUCUCAUUCGCAAGGUGCCAGAUGACCAGCAGUUCUUGGACCUGCGAGUAGCUGUACUGGGUAACGUGGACUCUGGAAAGUCCACUCUGUUGGGUGUUUUGACACAGGGUGAGCUGGACAAUGGGCGGGGAAGAGCGAGGCUCAACCUCUUCAGACAUCUACAUGAGAUCCAGACUGGACGCACUUCAAGCAUCAGCUUUGAAAUCCUUGGCUUCAAUAGUAAAGGAGAGGUUGUGAAUUACAGCGAGUCUCGGACAGCAGAGGAGAUUUGUGAGUGUGCCUCUAAAAUGAUUACGUUCAUUGAUCUGGCGGGUCACCACAAGUACUUGAAGACCACCAUCUUCGGUCUCACCAGCUACUGUCCGGAUUUCGCUAUGCUAGUCGUCAGCGCAAAUACUGGCAUUGCUGGUACAACACGGGAGCAUCUCGGAAUUGCCAUGGCCCUGAAGGUGCCUAUCUUCAUCGUCAUCAGUAAGGUGGACCUUUGUACGCGGGCCACAGUUGAGCGCACUGUGCGGCAGUUGGAGCGGGUCUUGAAGCAGCCGGGCUGCAACAAAGUGCCCAUGGUCGUGGGCAGUACUGAUGAUGCAGUCACAGCAGCACAGCAGUUCGCCCAGUCACCCAACAUCACACCCAUCUUCACCUUGUCCAGUGUGUCUGGAGAGAGUCUUGACUUGCUCAAGGUCUUCUUCAACACCAUCCCUCCUCUCAGCAACAGCAAGGAGCAAGAAGAGCUUAUGCAACAGCUAACUGAGUUUCAGGUGGAUGAGAUCUACACAGUGCCAGAGGUGGGGACUGUGGUGGGAGGUACUCUGUACAGUGGUAUUUGCCGUGAGGGAGAUCACCUUGUGGUAGGGCCGACAGACUCAGGCCAGUUUCACCAGUUGACCAUCGGUAGCAUCCAAAGGAAUCGCUCGGCAUGCAGGGUACUCAGGGCCGGCCAGGCUGCCACACUUGCCCUGGGCAACUUCGACCGGUCAUUACUACGCAAGGGCAUGGUGAUGGUGAGUCCGGAGAUGGAUCCUACUAUCUGCUGGAUGUUUGAGGCUGAGAUUGUGCUGCUCUUCCAUGCCAAGACCUUCCACAAGGGCUUUCAGGUUACUGUGCACAUUGGCAAUGUGAGACAGACUGCCACUGUGGAAGCUGUGUACGGCAAGGAGGAGCUGAGGACAGGGGAGAAAGCAGUGGUUCUAUUCAAGUUUAUCAAGCACCCAGAGUACCUGAAGGUCGGAGCUAAGGUGCUGUUCAGAGAGGGCGUGACCAAAGGGAUCGGCCACGUCACCAAGUUGCAGCCCAUCGCCCAGUACGGGCCAUCCCAAAGAGAGGAUGACGAAGCCUGAAGUUUCUCGGAGAACCACAGCAGUAGUAGCACUCCGUCCUACCAAAAACAAGGUGCUUCAUGAACAACGUCCUGCUUUCUCAAAGAUCACUGGCCCGUUCCCUGCGCAGUACAUCCCUUUCACGGGAUUUGUUUUAUCACCAUUUUCCAAAGCCUUGUUGUCACCAUCCUCCUCAUUUGUCCUCUUCCGCCUUUUAAAUAACUAUUAACUGAUAUUUUAGUCUGCUUUCUGGUGUUGAGGUGUAAAGAAUGAUGCUUUUCAUGGCACUGAUGAGAGGAAACCCCCUCAGCCACCUCUUUGACGCAUUCACUUAGAACUACCAAAGUAAUAUUGAUUGUCAAGAACACAUAUUUGCAAUGCACAGAUCAAUAAGUGGCAACCAGGAAGUUGCUUUCUCACACCCACUUUGAAGUGCUACUCAUACAGUUUACGCCUAAAUGCACUCCUAACACACUUCAGUAAGAUGCAGACACACACUUGCACUGAAACAUACUGUAAAUGCCAGCGUUGACCUUUGGCAGAUAAACCGUUUACAAAGUCAACAGUUGCAAGUAUGAGAUGCUUGGACAUUAAGGUGUAACCUAUAUCACCAGUGUCUUUCUUGUCAUCACCCCACAGCAGCUUGUCUGUGUUACCAGCAUAGUGCCUGACUGAUAAGGACACGCCUCUGAUCUCACUUUAUUUGAAUGUUCUCAAAUGAGACCAUUUUCUUAGUAACCACUGAGGAAUUAUGUGAGAUAAUGGUGAAAGAUUCAGGAAGGGUUUUUUUUGGUUCUCAGACACAGCUUAUUAGUUGUAUAUAAGCUAAACCAUCUUCAAGCUAUAUUGCUGUCAAGGGCACUUUAUGAAGAUAAAAGGAGGGCAUUAAGAGGUAUGCAAAGUUGGAACUUGACCCAGUUUGUGUGUCAGCCUGCCAAUAUAACUCACAUUGGCAAUCACCUAGUAACUGGUUUUGUUAUGUCACAUGUCUAUAAGAAUUAUUUUUUCUAUUCACAAAUAAUGCCUCACGAUAGUGCAGUGAGAUGGCAAUGAUCUCGCUGCCUGUCUUUCAAGUGCUUUAGUUACUCAGGUCAGUGUAGAUAUUGUAUUAGACAGCAUUCCACUCUCACAGAAUUACUCCAUUGGGGGGGGGGGUGUGUGAGGAAAAAAAGAGGGGUUUGGGUUUCUUCCAAAGCAAUGUGUUUGAUUAUGGAUUCUGUAGUAUGUGAAGCUGCCUACUGAUGCAGCUUCGUUUAAAAGCAAUUAUGUUUGAGGUACUUUGUCUCUUCGUUUAAGUUACUGAUGUCACUCAUUUUGAAGGGGUUUAACACAGUGCCUGGUUGUACUACUGUUAAGAGUAGCCUUCCAUUACACCCCAAAGUUUUAUGACUUAGUAAACAAUCUUAUUAAGUUGGUGCUACUCCUUUAAACAACUUUUGAUAUUUAGAAGACGACUGAAAAUGAAUGGCUACUGUUGGCCUUAUUUUUUUUUCUUAUUAUAGCAUGUUGAUGUGACUUAUAGAUUGUCCCACUGACAUCGGUGAUAGAGGACAACUGAAAUGUGUGCCCUGUUUUAUUGCACCCACGUUGUUAUGCACAGUUUGUGUGCACUCAAAGAGAGGAAAACUAAAAACGCAUUUCAACCAAAAUAUUUGAUAGCCUUUAUGAAGUUAUAUCAGGUGUUUGUUUUAAUGCAUUUGACUAUUUUAUAGAUUUGUAGUAGUUCCAGAUUUUACAGUUCAUUCAGACACGUUUUUCACUGUUUACGCAGUCUUCUUAAUGACACCAACACAUCUUCACUUUUUUGAAAUCACGUUUAAGACCUUCCUUUUAAUUGAAAUUGUAAUAUUUUGAUCUUUAUUUGGGUGAAAUGCAAUAUUUAUGUACAGAUCCAAUUUGUGUAUCAUGAUAUACAUGAAUAAAACUUUUAUUGUCUCUUUA